ACAGGCACAUGCCACCAUGCCCAGCUAAUUUUUUGUAGAGACAAAGUUUCACCAUGUUCCCCAGGCUGGUCGUGAACUACUGAGCUUAUGCAAUUCACUUGCCUUGGCGUCCCAAAGUAGUGGGAUUACAAGUGUGAGCCAUUGCGCCUGGACCAGACACACUUUACUAAUAAAAAUAUUAGGCUUUCAAAAGUGGUAUCCUACUUUUAAUGUUUGAACUACUGAUCUUUCACCUCUUAGAGAUGUGUAGUGUGAAACACAACCUUUGUGAUAACCACAAAAAUCAGUAUUUGCUCUUAAGAAAGGAAAUAAUUUAUUUCUUGGCCUCAUCAAAGAAAACUGAAGAAUUUGCUAUGAAAGGAACAAAAAUGUACAAACUGUACCACCUCAUCCCCCCAAACUGUAUAAACAAUUGCAAAAUUUUCCUUCAUCUAUUGAUACAACCCCAGAGAAGCCAGUCCUCACAGACCUGGGGGCAUUCCCAUGUCAGAAUAUUCCAAAAAGAUCUAGGAACACAUACAUUUGGCAGAAAUAAAUCAAUUGAUGUGCAGGGAAAGACUGCCCAUGAAAUAAUUUAUGGUGAUGCAUUUAGUAGGGCCAGAGAGAUCUGAGUUCAAAUUUUGGCUCUUCCAGCUACUAGUUUUGCUACCUUAGGUAUGUCACAAUCUCUCUGAAUCUUAAUGCCUUUGUUACUAAAGUGGGUAUAAUGAUACCCAUAUCUCAAGGUUAGUCCUAAUACUGGAAGAAAUACUUAAGUUCCUAGCACAAUGCUGUGUAAAUAGAAGGUGAUCAGUAAGUGUUAGCUACCUCCCAGUCCCUUUUCCCAGAAACACAAUGCAAAAUAUUUCUGCUGGUUUGUAUGAAUCAAAACAAGUGGCUAAGGAGAAAAAUUAAAACGGCAAGAGAAUCUAUUAUCCAGACAAUCUAUUAAUUAUGUCGUUAAUAUUUAAUACAUGUUGGGUUUUUGGUAUUAUUCAGGUACUGCAUCUGAAUAGAUCUUCUCCUUUUGUCUUCAACAAAUUUGGCAAAAGAUGUCAUUAAUCAUUUUAUUCAGAUCAUAACAAGCCAACGUAAAAAUCACAGUUUUAAUGUUUACUCAUGGCUCUGAGAAAUAUAGUGACAUAGAAACAGUGAAAAGGUAAAGAAUUUGUCUCUCAAAGCUGAUGGGUAUAAUUCUCCCUGUCUCUCGAACCUCCCCCAUUAGUGCCGCAGUGCCAGCCCCCACAAACUGUAAGGGUGAUCAAGCCUUCUUAAAUUGCAGGGGAAGUGGGCAGCACAGAAACAGCCCUUAGAAGGCUUUAGAGACAGAUGCUCAACAUGGAAUUAGUGGGCUUAUUCAGGGGGUUCUGUAAUCUGCAGUCCCUGUAUGUGAAGUCGUGGUUAGGUGUAUUUCGUGCCUUUGUUGUCAGGAGGCUCCUCAACUAUCACUUCCUCCUAGAGGUCUUCUUUAGCCAUCCUAUCCAGCCAGAGGCCUCGUCCACGAAAUCUUUUUCAUCACUCUGUGUGUUUCCUGAAAAGCUUUACUACACCUGUCAUUACCUUGUUUGUUUGCUUCAGCCCGUCUAUUCCACUAAGGUAAGCUUUUCAAAUGCACGACCCUGGUCCUUCCCCAGUGCCUUGAACCUGGUGUGCCUCGUGAGAUACUUCCGGAAUAAAGUCCGUGUCUAUCAGAUUUUUAACAGACUCUAUACUCCUCCCUCCAUCCCGCUCCCCGCCCCCCUCCACCUCUCGGGCAAGCAUUCUUCUCCAGAAAUAAUUUUAAGGUCAUGCGUCUUCAUUUUUGAAAUGAGGCUUGGGCAUUUCGACCACACCCACCCUCCGUCCCUCGCAUACUCGUUUCCUAACAGAGCGCUACUCCAGCCCACUUGCCCAAGCCCACCAGGCCGCAGGGUUUAGGGGCAAUCAGGGGAGGGGCAGCCCUGAACCGGAAUAAGUGUUAAUUCACAUUACCGGCACUGGUCCUGGUUCGGAGAGCCUGGGCAGGAACCAUGGGACCCAGAGUAGCCACCCGCCCAUGGCCGCCUUCGGCCUCCGCCCCGCCAGCAGCCGAGGGCCCCGCCCUACCGGCAGCCGCGCCUCGCCGCCCUCCCUCCAGCUUGGCCCUAACGGCUCGCAAUGGCGGAAGAGGGAGCCAGGAGCAUCGCCGCUUGGGGAACCUCACCCGCCGGCCCGGGGCUCAGCUCGCCGUGUGACAGCCCCGGGUACUUUGCCCAGCGGGGUGGAAGCCCCGGCCGCGGCAAGCGCCACUCCCGGGCAGUCGCGGCCACAACUGCUUCCGGGUGAGUGGGUCGUCGACCCUGUGGCCACGCCCAUCCUUCGCCUCCUCAGUCGGCCGCUCAGGCUGCGGCUCCUCCCGGAGCUAGUUCCCGCUGUCUCAGCCGCGGCGCAGAGGGCAGUCGGCCUGACCGACUAGCCGGCUGCCAGUGCCGGGAGCCGCCGCGUCCAUCCCCGCCCGCCUGGCCGGGGACCCAGGACUGAGUCGUCCAGCUGCGCCCCUCGCCCAUAGCCCCAGCGGGCGCCGGGCAGGCGAGCUGCUCUUCGGCCCUUCCCGGACAGCGACGCAGUCACAGCGCGCGCCCUAACACAGAUGUGGGAAGAUAAAUGAAGGGGUCUAGAAGUAAAUGUCAGUGGAAAGGAGAGCCACCAUCACUAAGCGCUAAAAACACAGUUAAAUCACUUUCAAAGUUAAGAGAUUAUUAAGAACACAAGAUGGGGACUCCUGGUUCUGGAAGGAAAAGAACACCUGUGAAAGACCGAUUUUCUGCAGAAGAUGAAGCUUUGAGUAACAUUGCUAGAGAGGCAGAGGCAAGGCUGGCAGCAAAACGGGCCGCCCGAGCAGAAGCAAGAGAUAUACGCAUGAGAGAACUGGAACGGCAACAAAAAGAGGAAGAUUCGGAAAGGGCCAGGUAUUCCCACCGGUCCAGUCACCAUCGUCCUUAUCUGGGAGUUGAGGAUGCAUUGUCCAUUCGAAGUCUUGGCAGUCACAGGAACCCAUCGAAGGAUAUAACUGGGACACUUUGGAGCAGAGCCAGUACACCCAAAAGGAAAGACACCAUGCAUGAUGUGUUCAAGGAUAGAUCAUCAAGACUUUCAUCAUUAAAUCAUUCUUACAGUCACUCUCAUGGAAUGAAGAAGAGGUCUUCUGGUUCUCAUAAAGACCUACUGAGUGGCCUCUACUUUGACCAGAGAAACUAUAGCAGUCUUAGACAUAGCAAACCCACCUCUGCCUACUACACUCGGCAGUCUUCUUCCCUGUACAGUGACCCUCUGGCAACAUAUAAGAGUGACAGGGCCUCUCCUACUGCAAAUUCUGGUCUGCUGAGAAGUGCCAGUCUGGCAUCAUUGUACAAUGGUGGAUUAUAUAACCCUUAUGGUUCUCGAACUCCAUCUGAAUGCAGUUAUUACUCAUCAAGAAUAAGUUCAGCUCGAAGCAGCCCAGUGUUUACCAACGAUGACACCGCAAGCAUUGUGUCUUCUGAUCGUGCCAGUCGUGGACGAAGGGAGAGUGUGGUAUCUGCUGCUGAUUAUUUCAGUCGCUCCAAUCGUAGGGGAAGUGUUGUCUCCGAGGUGGAUGACAUCAGUAUCCCAGAUUUGUCCAGCUUGGAUGAAAAAUCUGACAAACAGUAUGCUGAAAAUUAUACAAGACCUUCAUCUCGAAAUUCUGCCUCAGCAACAACCCCUCUAAGUGGAAACUCAUCCAGACGAGGAAGUGGGGACACCAGCAGCUUAAUAGAUCCAGACACUUCAUUAAGUGAAUUGCGGGAUAUCUAUGACCUUAAGGACCAGAUACAGGAUGUAGAAGGGAGAUACAUGCAGGGGCUUAAAGAACUAAAGGAAUCUUUGUCUGAAGUGGAAGAAAAAUACAAGAAAGCCAUGGUUUCCAAUGCACAGUUAGACAAUGAGAAGAACAAUUUGAUCUACCAAGUAGACACACUCAAGGAUGUUAUUGAAGAGCAGGAGGAACAGAUGGCAGAAUUUUAUAGAGAAAAUGAAGAAAAAUCAAAGGAGUUAGAAAGGCAGAAACAUAUGUGUAGUGUGCUGCAGCAUAAAAUGGAAGAACUUAAAGAAGGCCUGCGGCAAAGAGAUGAGCUUAUUGAGGAGAAGCAGCGCAUGCAGCAGAAAAUAGACACCAUGACAAAAGAGGUGUUUGACCUCCAGGAGACACUUCUUUGGAAAGAUAAAAAAAUUGGGGCCCUAGAGAAACAGAAAGAAUACAUUGCCUGCCUUAGGAAUGAGAGAGAUAUGCUCAGAGAGGAGCUGGCUGACCUGCAGGAGACAGUGAAGACGGAAGAGAAACAUGGCUUAGUUAUCAUCCCCGAUGGCACUCCCAAUGGUGAUGUCAGUCAUGAACCAGUGGCUGGAGCCAUCACUGUAGUGUCUCAGGAAGCUGCUCAGGUCUUGGAGUCAGCAGGAGAAGGGCCAUUAGAUGUAAGGCUACGAAAACUUGCUGGAGAGAAGGAAGAACUGCUGUCACAGAUUAGAAAACUGAAGCUUCAGUUAGAGGAGGAACGACAGAAAUGCUCCAGGAAUGAUGGCACAGUGGGUGAGCUGGCAGGACUGCAGAAUGGCUCAGACUUGCAGUUCAUCGAAAUGCAGAGAGAUGCCAAUAGACAAAUUAGCGAAUACAAAUUUAAGCUUUCAAAAGCAGAACAGGAUAUAACUACCUUGGAGCAAAGUAUUAGCCGGCUUGAGGGACAGGUUCUGAGAUAUAAAACUGCUGCUGAGAAUGCUGAGAAAGUUGAAGAUGAACUCAAAGCAGAAAAACGGAAGCUACAACGAGAGUUACGAACAGCACUGGACAAGAUUGAGGAGAUGGAGAUGACCAACAGCCACCUGGCCAAGCGGCUGGAGAAGAUGAAGGCCAAUAGGACAGCACUUCUGGCCCAGCAGUAGGAAAGCUACCCUUCAACCUGGGUGAUGCUCCUUGGGGCCCUACCUAGAGGGACUGACUUUUGUCCAUUGACACAAACCCCUUUUAGUACUGUUUUGAGUUUUGUCAUUAAAACAGCCACCUUUGUAUUUUAUAAUUUAUGAGAGAAUGAAGUCAUUUUGAAUCUUCAUUAAUGAACACUUUGGUUUCUGUUAUAGUUUGAUUCUAGGCUAGAAUCAGUCCAUGCUGUUUUUAUUUUUUAUCUCCGUAAUUGUAGAAUCAUGUUUACUCAACAUUUUUCCCCAGCUGCCUCAGUAACUGGGCACUCGGAGGCCUUGGCACGGGUUCUGGAGGACAGACAGCAAUUCUAUGAGUGCUCACUGAGAUACUUGCUGGAGACCUCAGAAAACACAAGUGCCUUCUCCACGGUGCAAUUCAGACUUCAGUGAUCUCCAGUGGUCAAAAGACAUUUACCCUUAAUAUCAGACAACAUUUAUAUUUUAGUGAAGAAACAAGUUCUUGGGUGGGGAAUCUAUGUUUCACUCAAAUUUAUAUGUUUGGAGGAAAAAAGCCUUUUUUUGUAAAAUAUUUAAAUUUAUAUAAGAAAAUGUUAGAAAAAAAUAUGAGGAGUGUAUAUAAAACUUGCUUUAUUGCAUGGGGCAGGGGAAGUCCAGGCCUAAUACUCUUAAAGUAAGAGUUGGGUCCUUUUUUCUUCAAUACAACUGUGCUGUACCUUGUAAAGUAUUUUAUCUGCUGCUUAUUUGUGGAAUGAAACCUCAAACAAACCCAAAGGGGGAGGGUAGGGCAGGGCAGGCAGAUCAGAAAUCUGCCUGCAGAUUCUAUUAAAUACACCCUUUUGCCAACCACAA